AUGGAUCAAUCUCCAGCUUCCAGCAAUGAGUCCGACCCGACGUGGUGCAGGCGUAAUCCGGCGAGGCAUGCUGCACUUGCGGCGUCGCGUGCAGCGGCGAGUGAGGCGUGUGCAGCUGUUGCAGGGAUGCAUGCGGCAGCCGCUGCGGCAUCGCGUGAGGCACCGGCGGCUGCUGCGGCGGCGCGUGCGGAGGCUGCUGCGGCCCGUGUGGCAACUGCUGCGGCCCGUGCAGCGGCUGCUCGCGGAUCAGCAUCCCAGCGCGUGCGGCAAGUCCGGCAGCACCCCUACAUCCGGCCUUCACGUCAAAGGGGUGCGAGGUUGCGUACGCCGUCCGACGAUGAAGACGAAGUGGUUGGUCCGGCCAAGGUUGAAGAAAGAGUGAAGGAAGAGGAGAAGAUGGACACCGGAGAUGCUGCGAAGAAGGAAGAACCGGAGGGGGAGACCAAGAACGAAGAUGCAAUGAACUAA